AUGACAGAGCGAGUAGCCAAGCCCAGAGGUCGAAAGAAGAAAGAGACAACAAGAGCUGCGCUAGCAGUCCGCGGAAAGGAUUCAACAGACGAUGGCCAGCCACCAGCAAUUCCACGUACUAUCCUAGCCCAAAACGAAGCCGCAAGCACAUCAACACCAAUUGGCCAGCCUUCGUCUUCGCCAUACCCAUCGUUGCCAUCCGAAAGCAGAGACAACGAAAAAAUAGAGCAAGCCAUCGUAGCAAUCCGCUAUCAGUACAGACCACCCAUGCUAAACCAACCUUCACGAGUCUUACCAGAAGCUCUAGAUACCGCGUUCCUAUCUCACUACAUUGAGCUCAACAAAGGCGGAAGUCAGUACGCACCGGAAAUCCAAUGGCUGGGGCAUAUAAACCAGAUUCACAGCAACGCAAGGAAGCCAGCGGUUCGACUGUCUCUUCGCGCAGUCUCCAUGGCUUUUUUCGGGAAGCACCAUCAUGAUCCUAGUAUUUUGAUUGACUCUUGGAGAUGGUACACCGUGGCGUUGAGUGCGCAGAGGACGUCUAUAGCGAGGCUGAAGAAUGAUGCUAUUCCUGAUGAGGAAGAGGUUUUAGUGCCGCUUAUCAUGUCGUUGUACGAACUAUAUGUAGGGGCGACUGCAACGGGUGCGAUGUCUCAUAUCGCAGCUGCAGCUGAAAUCAUGAAUAUGCGUGGGCCGAGUAACUGCGGGUCAGGCGCCAUUUGGCCGUUGUUCAAGGGCAUCCGCAGCUCCGAUGCGCACAAAUCCGUAGUCUUCAACCGCAAAUCCGUCUACGCCUCCCCAGACUGGAUGACCCUCCCCUUCAUCGGCAAACCACGAGACGCACACCAAACCCUCGCAGACAUCGAACUUAUGGUCCCCCACUGCUUCGCCAUGCUCGAGAUACCGGGGUCUAUGCGCGUCCUCUUCUCCACGCCAAUACCCCCGCACGUCGACGUUCGACCUUGUAAAGAACUCGCGUGCAAAUUGAUCCGGCAACUCGAUGACUGGGCUGCAGCCUACCCGCACCUGACGAACUUAUCCAGGAGCCCGCGCGGGACACCGGUUGAGAGGGCACUAAUAGCCUCAAACUACAUGGCCGACCGCCUAGUCCUAAGCAUGCUCAUGUACAAAAUGCACACAGAAUCCACAGCCCCCAUAGAACCCUACGAGCAUAGCACCCAGCAUUACUUCGACGUGGCCAUGAAAGCCACAACGGAUAUCAUUGAGGCGGCAGCAGAGAUCGAACAGGCCCAAACACCGGGGUUUGACCUACUGAGGAGUAUUGCACCCGUUAUGGCGGUGGCUUUUGCGGCGCCGACGAUGGAGCUGAGGAAGGAUGCGGUGGAUACGAUGACGAGGUGGGCGAGGAGGAUUGGGGGGCUGGGGAGUAUUAUUGGGGCGAUUUGA